AUGUCAUUUUUUGAAUAGCAAGGCUAAGAGCUAUAAAUUAGGAAAGCUGAUUUAGAUGAUUACGAUGAGAUAGUGUAAUUGAUGUAAGAGGAAGGUGAAGAAGAUUUACAACAAUUGUAUGCCUAUCCAAAAAUUCUAACUCUAUUUGAACGUUCCUAUUUAUCAGUGACAGUGCUUGACUCUCAAAAUAACAUCAUAGGAAAUGCAGUAUUUGAUGAUUGUCCUUAAGGUGUAACUGGAUAAGUAGACUUUAAACAUGAAAAUUUGUGGGAGCAAUGGAUUCAUGAUGGAUGGAACAUAGACUUUCAUGUAAGCUCUUUUAAUUGUCUUUGGAUGACUUUCUUCUUUCUUGGUAAAAUAUACAUUCUAUAAACAAGCUAAAAAGCGUUACUAACUCACUGAGGAUCAACAGUUACAGAUAACUAGACAAAUCUUCCAAAAAGUAUAUGAUUAUUUGAAUGUUGUCAAUGGCAUCUUUUUCUUAAGAAGAAAUGAAGCCAAAGAUGCAACUCAAUAAGAACUUGAUAUUGCCCUUGAAAAUCUCUUUGAACUUUUACCAAAGAGAUAAGAUUUUCAAUUGAAAGUACCAUCUAUCAAACUAUAUAGUUCAUGCAAGGAGUCAAUUAAAAUUGUGAAAUCUACUAUUCUCCUUCUUCAAUGGUCAUUGAUCUCUUAGAAAUUAGAAUGGCUCGUGAAGAAGAUCAUGAUGAUUUAGCUGCCAUCUUUAAUCGUUAAUCUGAUGUUCAUACAGAAGAAUUUGGUGAAUUUUUCAUUGCAGAUUUAAUUGCCACCUAAAAUCAAACAAGAAGACAAGCUAGAAAUUACAGAUCUGAUGGAAAAGCCAUAGUUGGUUAAGUUGGAGACAAAGCUGUUGGUCUAAUGAGUAUAUCAAGUGAUAUUGAGUAAAUAAAUUAUUUAAUCUUCAUAGUUAUCGUUUAUUGGGUCAAUGCUUUGAUUUAGAAGUCUUUGAUAAUCUAUAUAAAGCUGAAUAUAUGGAAGCUAUAAGAAAUAGACUAGAUUAAUUGGCAUUGGAAGAAUAAAUAAACAAAUAAAUUAUCACAUACAAGAAGCAAAUAGAAUUAACAAAAGAAGCAAUGAAAUGUCACAUUGUUGGAUAAAGACUCUAUUUACAAUAAUAUUGUUUUGAUAGAGAUUAGGAGAUUAAAUAAAAGAUUGAUGAUUAUGGACAAGAAGAUUUGGCAAAAACACUUACUCCAUAAGUAGUGACUGAUAUGAUUAAUGGAUGGUUGAAGGAUUAUUAAGUAUUCAAACCAAGUGAUCUAUUUCUUGAAUAUCCAAACUUAUUUAAAGAUUUAGAAUGCAUUACUAUUAAACCAAUUUAAAUUUUACUUGAAGCUCUUGAAUUCUUUGGAUUACCAAAGGGUUACAUGAAUGGAGAAGGUCAUUGGAAAGAUUGGGCCAAGAAAAAGGAGGAAGAAUAAAAAGCACUUUCACUUAAAAGACCAAAAAGACAAUAAAAGAAAACUAAUAAAAAAGCUAAAAAAGAAGAUAAAGAUGAGGAUAUUUUUAAACCUCCUCCUUAUUUUGAUUUGGGACCAUUUCUUUAAGCAUUUACUAAAUUUACUUCAGUUUCUGCUGAAACUAGGACAUAAUUUAGAAGAUAGAUUGAAAUGAGAGUUAAGGAAUUGAUUAUGGAAUUUUGUACUGAAAAUGGUGAGAUGGAUCCAAGUAGACAUGUAGAUUUAAUUGAAUUUCCAGAAAUAUUAAGAAAUAAAGGAUUUGAUAUAGGUGCUCCUAUGGGAGAGAAUUUGGCUUUUAUUUUGGAAUGUUUUGGAGAAUUAGAAGUUGAUAAUAGAAUAGUUUAAAAAAUAAAAGAAGAGAAGGAUGCAAAGAAAAAGGAUACUAAUUUAAAGAAAGUAGGUGAUGAUGCUCCAAAACCAGUUGAUGUUUUAUAAAAGAUGACAUCAUAUCAAGAAUUCAUUGGAGCUAUUUAGAAGUUAAAGAGAUAUGAUUAAAUGAUGUGUAGAUUACAAUUAGUUAGAUCAAAUACUAUAUAAAAUGAAGUAGAGGAGAUUAUAUAAGAAGAAUAAAAUUAAAUAGCAAAAUUAGAAGCAGCAAAAUAAAUAUAAAGAACAUAAACUGAAUAUGAUGAAUAUGUUUCAUAAUUGUAGAGUAUUGAUUAAUUGCCAGAAGUACCAAAAACAGCUUAAAAUGCUGUAGUUAUUAAUUUAUUCUGUAUAGAUGAAAGAUUUGAAUCAAGAUCAUUAGAUUUUGUGGAAAGGGCUUUUGAAUUAUUUCCAGAUAGAGAAUAUUUGGUUCUAACAUAACCAUAUACAGUUUAAGAGACUACACUUUUAUAACAUUUCUUAUAGGUUCCAAGAAAGAAACACUCAACAUUUGAACAUGUUCUUUAUAUUUAUCAUAGAAAUAGUUUAGAUUCUCAUUUGAUAGGAUUGAGAAAGUUGAAUUAAAAUGAAUGGGCUUAAUGUUAAUUUUUGGUUGAGAAUUUAUUGGAUAAGGAUUAAAUAGAGAGAGAUGUUAGAAAUGUAAAUGAUAAUGAAACAUUUAUAGUAUAUUGUAAGGAGGAAAUAAUAGGUUUGUAUUGUAUGAGAAAGUAUGUGAAUUUAUAAUAUUUGAAAUCACAUUUUUGUAUAUAGGAUCAUAUACUUAUAGUAGAACAUCCUAAACAUUUACAUACUAGAUUAUUACAUGGAAUAUUGAAUCCUUUAUUUGCAAAAUAAACUAGAUUUAUUUUAAGGGAAAUUUGUAGAUUGAUGGAUAAAACAUGUAUAAUGUUGGAAAUUCAUGAUAGAACAUUAUUACCUGAUAUUUUUUAGGAGUUUAAUUUUGUAAGAAGCAGAGCAUUUGCUCAUUUUUUAAAAUAAAAAUGGGAUUGGACAUUAGAUUAAGAUGAAAGAGAACGAAUGGGAGCAAUAUUAGAUGAUCGUGAUCCUUAUGAUUAAAAUUAGGCACCAUUUUCAUUAGCUAUGUUAACUAAGAAAUAAUUAUCAAGUGUAAAAGUAUCAAAUAAUUCUCGGAUUGUUGUUGUUGGAGCAUCAGAUACAGGAUUAUCAUUUAUUGAAUCCUUAUUAACAAUAAAAGAUAUAAAUUUUACUAAUAUUAUUCUAUUAGCACCUGGUGGAUUAUUAACUAUGCAUAUUAAACAUGAAUUCGAAAUGUUAAAAGCUAUGAGUACAAAUUAUACACUUGAAGAAUUAAGAGCUUUAAUGUUAGAUGCAAGAGUUUAAGUAGUUGAUGCUAAGAUGGUGAAAUUAGAUAAAAAAGGUAAUAGAAUAAAGAUUGAUAAAAAUGCAUUUAUUCCUUUUGAUUAUUUAAUCAUUACUGUUGGAUUAAUUGAUACUGAAUUAUAGUCAAGAGAGAAGAUAAGUUUUGGAUUAUCUAAAUCUCCAUAUUAUAAAACUGCUUAAUUUAUUAAUGGUUUAUAUAGUAUUGAUGAUCCUUAUUUGUAUUAACAUUUUAAAAGAACUGGUUUCAAAAAUAGUAAUAUAGAUUUAUUGACAAGGAAGAAGAAACCAUAAAAUAUUACAAUUUAUGGAAAUACUCUAUCUACUAUUACUUUUAUGAAUGGAUUACUUAAUAGAGGAGUACAUCCUUCUCGUAUUCAUUAUGUUAUGCCACCUAAAACAUUUCAAAAAUAAACAAAAUUUGAAAAUAAUAAAUAAAGAUAGGAACAAGAAGAUAAAAUAAUUUUUGAUCCAGAUUAAUUUGAAAAUGAUGAAGUUAAAAAUAAAGUAUUUGAUAUAAUGGUAAAGAUGGGUAUAAAUAUUCAUUAUGGAUUUACAUUAUUUGAAAUGAAAGUAGGAAAAGAAGGUUUUGGAUUAAAUAGUGAAGAUGUAUUAUAAUAAGUGAUAUUCAGAAAAUAAGCUGAUAAUUAUGAAGAAUUAAAGAUAGAAAUAUAGAGAAAGGAAUAAGAAUUAUAAGAAUUAAAGGAUAAUUCAGAAAAUAAUAUGAGUAAAGAUAUGUAUGGGGAGUAGGAAGAAGGAGAAAAUUAAUUAGAAGUUUUAGCUAGAGAAAUUGAAUAAUUAAAGGCUAGUGAAUAUGAUUAUUUAGAAUUGGAAUCUAGAUUCUUUAUUACAAGUGGAUUAAUUGAUAUAGAUAAGGAGAUAUUUAAUAUUAUUCAUGAAAAUGGAUUAGUUUAUAAUGGUAGAUUGAUUGUAAAGAGUAAUUUUUAAACAACUUAAGAAAAUAUAUUUGCUUGUGGUAAGAUUUGUGAAUUCUCAUAAAGAUAUAAACAUCAUUCUGUUGGUAAGAGUCUUCGUUUAGAUAAAUAUAAUGGAAGAGAAUUGGGUUAGAAAUUAAGUAAAUGCAUUUUAGAAUAAUUAAAUCUUAGUUAUUUGACAUCCCAAACAUAUUCUGUAGAUGAAUUACCCUAAUUAUAUAUGCCAAUAGGAUAAGGAGGUAUAGUACCUCAUAAACUUUAUUAUUAUCAUAUUAAAAAGAAUGACUUUUCAAAACCUAAACAUCUUUAAUAAUUACCAUCUAAACCUAUAUUAUCUGAUAAUUUUACUAAUGGAAAUGGACACUUUUUAUAAUUUGAUAUUGAUCCAAAUGGAUUAAUUGAAAGUGUUACUUAUUUUGGUUCUGAAGCAGUCCAUAUACCAAGUUUAUUAUAAUUUAUAGAAUUAUCUGUUAAAUAUUUAAAUAAAUUGGAAUAAAGAGGUAAAUUAAUAAAUAAUGUAUCUGAAUUUUUAUCUGAAAAUUGGGCUAUUGCAUUAUAUCAUGAAUGGUUUAGUGAAUUCAGACACAUAACUAAAAGUGAAAUGCUAAAAAAUGAAUUGAUUGAUUAAGUAUUAGAAAAGGCAUAAGAAUAUGCAAGAGAUGGUCGUUAUAUGGAUGACAAUUUCUUUGAAGAAAUAAAGAAAUUAAUUACAAGAGAUAUUGUUGAAAAUAUUUAAGUAAAUAUUAUUUUAAUAUAAAUUUUAGGAAGGUACUAUUGAAUUUAUAAGAGAAAAUUAAAAUCAUUUACCUAUGUAUUUUAUUCCAAAAAAGAAACUUAAUUGA